AGCUCUGGGGUAGCUGGGCUUAUGCAAGACCUGCGGCCGCCGCCGGUCGCCGUCCACUCGGCAGAGAAGUCCCAGCGGCCCAGUGAUUCGCCCUCGGUGACUGCAGCCGCGACGGCAGCACCCUGGAGCGGGAGCCCCGGCGGGUCAGGGGGCGGAAGGGUCCCUGCCGCCUAUAGGGGGCAGCGCCGAGCUCGGGAGGAGACAGCUGCGGGCGGGGGUGGGUGGGUCUGGCUGCCCCGGGGCCGCACGGCGACUGUCAGGGCCGUGCCUCCCUGCCCACCGUGCGCUUCCUCCCGGCGCCGCGGGCCUCAGCAGGGGCCCCGUGGGGGACGUGACAGGGCUCCGCACGAGGCGGCCUCCGGGGAAUGAGGGUCCGGGGAGACCCGGGCGUCACUCUCCGCCCGCCUGGAGCCGCGAGACCCUCGGAGGCGCCUCCGCGUGGCCAGAGAGCGUCGGGGCGCCGCUCGCUUCCCCUCGCCCUUUUCCCGCGUGGAAUCUUCCGAUAAUUCUGCCGCCACGACUUUGACCGUGCGCAAGGCAAGCCCGAAACAAACAUCACAUCUAAAUUAAAAAAAAAAAAAAAAAAAGCGGAAGAAGCGGCCGAGGCGGCGGCGGCGGGAGGAGGAGAGGAGGAGGGGCCGCGCGCGGCGGCCCGAGGCGGCGGCGGGGACGCGGGGACGCGGGGACGCGGCUUUGUGCAGGCGGGUCGCGGGGCGCCCAUGGCGGAGUGCGGCCGGGGGGGCGCCGCCGGCGGGGCCCUGCCCACAUCCCCGGGCCCGGCCCUCGGCGCCAAGGGCGUCCUGAAAGCCGGAGCCAGCGAAGGCGGCGGCGGCGGGGGAGGUCGCCUUGGCCACGGGCGGGCGCGCUAUGACAGCGGCGGGGUUUCCAACGGAGACUGCAGCCUCGGCGUGUCCGGGGACGAAGCCCGGGUCAGCCCCGCCAGGGGACCCCGGAGUGUGGCGCUCGCCCCGACCCCCAGCCCGGCCGUCUGUCCCCUCCCCCGGGAGAGCAAGCCUGGCGGUCUGCCCCGCCGGAGCAGCAUCAUCAAGGAUGGUACAAAACAGAAAAGGGAACGAAAAAAGACAGUCUCGUUCAGCAGCAUGCCUACAGAGAAGAAGAUUAGCAGUGCAAGUGACUGUAUCAAUUCCAUGGUUGAGGGCUCAGAACUCAAAAAGGUUCGCUCCAACUCUAGAAUUUAUCAUAGGUACUUUUUACUGGAUGCUGACAUGCAGAGCCUGAGAUGGGAGCCAUCUAAGAAGGAUUCUGAGAAAGCCAAGAUUGAUAUUAAAUCCAUCAAGGAAGUGAGAACAGGGAAAAAUACAGACAUAUUCCGCAGCAAUGGCAUUUCUGAUCAGAUAUCUGAAGAUUGUGCAUUUUCAGUGAUAUAUGGAGAGAAUUAUGAGUCACUUGAUUUGGUUGCUAACUCUGCAGAUGUUGCAAACAUCUGGGUUACGGGACUGCGGUACCUAAUCUCUUAUGGAAAACAUACGCUUGAUAUGUUAGAAAGUAGCCAGGACAACAUGAGGACUUCUUGGGUUUCACAAAUGUUUAGUGAAAUUGAUGUAGAUAACCUUGGACAUAUAACUCUGUGUAAUGCUGUGCAAUGUAUCAGAAACCUCAAUCCUGGUUUAAAAACGAGCAAAAUUGAGCUUAAGUUCAAAGAAUUGCACAAAUCAAAGGACAAGGCUGGUACCGAAGUCACAAAGGAAGAAUUUAUUGAGGUUUUCCAUGAGCUUUGUACUAGACCUGAAAUUUAUUUUCUUUUAGUUCAGUUUUCAAGCAAUAAAGAAUUCCUUGAUACCAAGGACCUUAUGAUGUUUCUUGAGGCAGAACAGGGUGUGGCACAUAUAAAUGAGGAAAUAAGCCUUGAAAUUAUUCACAAUUAUGAGCCAUCCAAAGAGGGCCAGGAAAAGGGCUGGCUCUCCAUAGACGGGUUCACUAAUUACCUUAUGUCACCUGACUGUUAUAUAUUUGAUCCUGAACAUAAGAAGGUCUGUCAGGAUAUGAAACAACCUCUGUCUCAUUACUUUAUAAACUCAUCUCAUAAUACAUACUUAAUAGAGGAUCAGUUCCGAGGUCCCUCUGACAUCACAGGAUAUAUUCGAGCUCUUAAAAUGGGUUGUCGGAGUGUGGAAUUAGAUGUAUGGGAUGGGCCAGAUAAUGAGCCUGUAAUUUACACAGGCCACACCAUGACCUCUCAGAUAGUCUUCCGGAGUGUCAUUGAUAUUAUUAACAAGUAUGCAUUCUUUGCUUCAGAGUAUCCACUUAUCUUGUGUUUAGAAAAUCACUGUUCAAUUAAACAACAGAAGAUAAUGGUUCAGCACAUGAAGAAAAUAUUAGGAGACAAGCUCUAUACAACAUUACCCAAUGUCGAGGAAUCUUAUCUGCCAUCCCCAGAUGUCCUGAAAGGGAAAAUACUAAUUAAAGCAAAGAAGCUGUCCUCAAAUUGUUCUGGGGUAGAAGGAGAUGUUACUGAUGAAGAUGAAGGAGCAGAAAUGUCUCAGAGGAUGGGAAAAGAGAACGUGGAACAACUCAACAGUGUGCCUAUGAAGCGAUUUCAGCUUUGUAAAGAACUUUCUGAACUGGUCAGCAUCUGUAAGUCAGUUCAGUUCAAAGAAUUUCAGGUGUCAUUUCAGGUCCAGAAGUACUGGGAAGUUUGUUCAUUUAAUGAAGUGCUUGCCAGCAAAUACGCCAAUGAAAAUCCAGGGGACUUUGUAAAUUACAACAAACGUUUUCUUGCUAGGGUUUUUCCUAGUCCAAUGAGAAUUGACUCUAGUAACAUGAAUCCUCAAGACUUUUGGAAAUGUGGUUGCCAAAUUGUAGCCAUGAACUUCCAGACACCAGGACUGAUGAUGGACCUGAAUAUUGGCUGGUUUAGGCAGAAUGGAAACUGUGGCUAUGUCCUCCGGCCAGCCAUCAUGAGGGAGGAGGUCUCCUUCUUCAGCGCCAAUACAAAAGACUCUGUCCCUGGAGUCUCACCUCAGCUUCUUCACAUUAAAAUCAUCAGUGGGCAGAACUUUCCUAAGCCCAAAGGAUCAGGUGCCAAAGGUGACGUGGUGGAUCCUUAUGUCUACGUGGAAAUCCAUGGGAUCCCUGCUGAUUGUGCAGAACAAAGGACAAAAACGGUGCACCAGAACGGAGAUGCUCCCAUUUUCGAUGAAAGCUUUGAGUUUCAAAUCAACCUACCUGAACUCGCCAUGGUGCGCUUUGUAGUGCUGGAUGAUGAUUACAUCGGGGAUGAAUUUAUCGGCCAGUACACAAUUCCCUUUGAAUGUUUACAGACGGGCUACCGGCACGUCCCCCUGCAGUCCUUGACUGGAGAAGUUCUCGCACAUGCUUCUUUGUUUGUCCACGUGGCUAUCACUAACCGAAGAGGAGGGGGGAAACCUCAUAAAAGGGGCCUUUCUGUGAGAAAAGGGAAGAAAUCCAGAGAAUAUGCGUCUUUGAGAACGUUGUGGAUUAAAACUGUAGAUGAGGUGUUCAAGAAUGCCCAGCCACCUAUACGGGAUGCCACAGACCUGAGAGAGAACAUGCAGAAUGCAGUGGUGUCAUUCAAGGAGCUGUGUGGCCUCUCCUCUGUGGCCAAUCUCAUGCAGUGCAUGCUGGCGGUGUCUCCCCGAUUUCUUGGGCCUGAUAACACACCCCUGGUGGUCCUGAAUCUCAGUGAGCAAUAUCCCACAAUGGAGUUGCAGGGAAUUGUACCAGAGGUUCUGAAGAAGAUCGUAACAACUUAUGACAUGAUGAUUCAGUCCCUCAAGGCAUUGAUAGAAAAUGCAGAUGCUGUGUAUGAAAAAAUCGUAUAUUGUCAGAAGGCAGCCAUGGAAUUCCACGAACACUUGCACAGUAUAGGCACCAAGGAAGGUUUGAAGGAACGAAAACUACAAAAAGCUGUGGAGAGCUUUACCUGGAAUAUAACCAUCUUAAAGGGACAAGCAGACCUUUUAAAAUAUGCUAAGAAUGAGACUUUGGAAAACCUGAAACAAAUCCAUUUUGCUGCUGUUUCAUGUGGACUGAAUAAGCCAGGCACUGAGAAUGCCGAGGUUCAGAAGCCACGCCGGAGCCUAGAAGUCAUACCCGAAAAAGCAAACGAUGAAACUGGAGAAUGAGGGAAUUUACCACAAAUUGUUGUGGAAUUUAUAACUCUAGGACCAACUCUAGUCAAUGGGACAUUUGCUUUGCACUCACUAAUGAGAAUAAUGUUUGGGAUUUUUAAAGCACAACUGGAAUAGCUAAUUACAGACUUAAAACUGUGAAUGUAUGUAGCAAUCCUGCGUGUGAAGGCAAAUAAACUCUUUAAUAAGAAAUUGUACUCCUGGCCAGAAUAUGCUAUAUUUGUAUACAAAGACAUCCUAAUUCAGUUCCAGUAUGAAGAACAGAUUAUUCACUCUAGUUCCAUUGAGAAACAGCUAUUUUCCUAAGUGAAAACAAUUUCUUAAGAUGGAAAUGGAUUGGAUUAUCGAAUUAGUAUUUAUUGGAGGAAAAAACCUAUCUACGCAUUUUAUUUGUGUGGGGUUGCCAGAGUGAUAGAUGAUUUUGGUAAUGUACUUGCUGAGCCAUAAAUACUAAGAAGAAUGUAAGCAGACUGGCUCCUUGACUCCACGGGGACCUUGGAGAGCCAUCGAGGACCAGGAAGACAUGCAAUCAGACUGAAGCUCCCUGGCUGGAGACCCCUGCGGUGUCACCACCAGGGUAGACGCCUGACAGAAAAGCCACCACUCUGGAAGCACCACAUUGUAAAUAGUUUUUCGUUGUAUGAAGUAGUGUUCACAUUAAAAAGAUGUUUUAUGAUAUUUCUCUAAUA